AUGCUGUUGUUAACAAAAGAUAAAGUUCGUUGUGAACGGGCCCAACGCAUUUACACCAACGAGAACGUAACCAAACCUGAGUCAGGUACGCAAAUAUUUUGUGGUAAUUUACCGCGUAACAUGUGCGAAAUCGAACUUUUCCCGUAUUUUUCAAUAAUCGGAGAAAUAUACGAGUUCCGCCUGAUGAUGGAGUUUUCUGGCUUUUCCCGAGGCUUCUGUUUUGUUACUUAUACUACAGUGGCCAAUGCUUAUCGGGCCAUUGACUGCUUACACGGCUAUAUCUUGAAAGAUCGACAACUCUCCGCUUAUAUAUCAUGGGACAACACAAAACUAUUCCUGCAUGGCAUUCCACCAACCAUAACGCCGCUUCAAAUUAAAUGUGACCUGCAGUUGCUAUUUCCUGGCAUUAUCAAUGUUAAGUGUCAAAUUAACAAGGAAAGUGGAUUGCACAAAGGCUGGGCAUUUUUGGAAUUUGACAGUCAUCAAAAUGCAAGCAUAUGUCGCAAAAGUAUUUGGCCGAACAAGUUGGUAGCAUGGGGAGGUCCCAUCCGAGUUGAAUGGGCAAGACCCAUAAGAUCUCCUGACAAACGAAUGGCAUGUACUUUGAUUUUGUUCAAUGUCCCAUCGGAAUUUAGUCGUCAGAACACUUACGAACUUGUGAAGCAGCAGCUGAAAACAUCUGCAUUGGUGCAUAUUGAAAAGCAAGUUGGUAGUUCAACAGCAAAACUUGAAUUUAUUUGUGAAUAUGCUGCACAUACCGCUUGGAAGUCAUUGAAAGGUUUGAUGGUCAAUAAUCACAUCCUAUUCGCGCGUAGAGAGAAGAGCCUCCAUUUUGAAUAA